CAAACACUAUUUUCGACUAUUUUUGUAAUGUACUGAUAUUUAAGUUUUCUUCCUUACUGACUUAUUGACAAUUUUCUACUGGAAAUGUACACAUUAUAUGGUAGUGUAAUAGUCUCAGUCAGCUUCGAGAGCGGUUUCAGUGAGUAAAGUGAACGGAACCAAAAUUAAAGUAUUCUUUGCUUCUAUUAAUUCGGAAAGCAGAUUUUCCUACAGUUAUUUGUUCAAUAUUUCACAAAUUAAAACUCGGUUAUUAUGUAUGAUAACAUUUCAUCCGGUUACAUUCCGUGUCUUUCGAUACAAAUAGAAAUAUACGCCAUAUUCAGAGGCAACUAAGACUAUCAAUCGUAGAAAACGUUUCUCAUGCAAAAAAUAUCGUUCUAUAGUACGUAUAUCAAUUAUUACAAUAUCUUGCUAGUUCGCUGGGUAGCACAAAAUAAUAGUAAAUCACUCUGGCAUUCCUCCUUGAAUAAGUAUUGUCUAUUUACAUCCACCGCCUCUCUUGUUCCACUGCAGUGUACCGCCGAAUUAUGCAAAACGCCUAUUCGCCUCGCCUCGUUGCUACUGCUGCUUUUGCUACCGUUGCCGAUUCCGACGCUGAUGCUACCAGCUACUAACACUAGUACUUGGACUGUUGCGAGACAAAACGACCACACGUAAAACCGCGUUGAAUCAUCGAUCAAUACAGGAAUGUACAAUAAUUCAUGGAGGACGAACGCUGCCCAUUUACCCAGCUACGAACAACCGCCCAACACGAAACUGUUGCCGAUUGAACUUGCUUUCGAUACUGUUCACCUCACCCUUCAGCGACCCCAGUGCUCAACCGUAUCUCAGAUCUCAUCGAGCGGUUAAUCGUGAAGCAAUUAGGAACAACCCUCGCAAUGUCGACGAAGAGAUCAGCGAAUUGAAAUGCGAAGAGGUUCCUGGUCAUCGCCACGAGGAAUAGUGCAGAAUGCACCAUUUGGGAUUUGAGCGAAGUGGCUGAAGUAGAACGAAAGGGAUGGCGUCGAAACGCGACACGGCACUUGUUGCCGGGCCAACCUCGUCGGAGGGUUGUGGCCGUUGUGCACGUGCAGUGGCAUCAUAGAGCUAGUCAGUAACCAGCUAGCUACAGUACUACGUAUAUUACACUACAUAAUUGUCGCGUGUUGUGACUUGUGUCUGACCCACCUGGCCGUGAUAUAUCACUUCUCUCCUGUGGCUGUUUGCCGACGAAUGAGGUAGAAAAACACGGCCAACUGCAUUCCUCCAGCAUCACCUCAGAACUCUCUGCUACACAGUCCGUCCACAGUCCGUCUCCGCCGUGCACGCUGCACUACUCUCUACAUUCAAUCAUGAAUCUUAUGUUCCGGAAGAACUUUGCGGUGGACAAGGGAGCCGGUGCUGGUGAACGUGGGAACAGUGGUGUCGGCGGGGUGGUUGCCGGAUGCGGAGGAACCACCGGUUAUCGACCCCCAGGGAUCCGAGGUCGGACCGGCGUCGGUCGCGAUGCGGUGCGAAGAAGUCGAGAGUUUGGAUAUUAUCCGAUGGACGAACACCCCGCGCACUCGUACAGGACCCAUUUGUUUCUAUCGCCACCAGCCGUCAGCAGCGCUACAGAAGAUUCCGGUAUUCAGAUAGGCUCGUCGAAUCGGCGGAAUUCCGGACCCAUUAUUAAAUGGGGUGCCGGUGGAGUCGGAGGUGGAGGCGUUGGAGGUGUUGGUGGCGGUGGAGGAGGAGCUGGGAAUGCGAAACGAAAACAGAACGGCAACCAGCAGCGAGAUCCUUCGGAGCCACAUACGCCCGCGGCCUCCAGGCAGGUAUCGUUUAGCGCUGGAAACACUGCAGGUGCUACCGGAACUUACACGCCGCUUGUGGUGUCCGCAAACAGUCAGCUAACCGCAGGGGAACCAAGGACCCUUGCGACCUUGGACAGGGACUGUUUCAUCAUUCCUUUAGCGUCUCUGGACCAUUUUCUUCCUGCUGGUGUACCGCUAGCGCCGAUUGUCGACCGGAAGAAGACCGGCAGCCCGUUGUCCGUCCUCGAAGUUGAAGAUCCGAAACAGUGCAUCCUCGCUCACCUCAUGACGCCCCUCGAGCCCCUUGAUCCUUUAAUGGAAUCCCCCCUCGCCUGCCCUCUCGUCCUGCAGCGGGACACUGCUGCAGAACUUCUAGCUGAACUCGCGCCAACGGCAGCCCAGAGUAUACUUCUUGUUAAUAUGGAGAGAAACGCCGAGUUUCCCUUCAUCUCGUACUACUUCAUAAACAAACUUACGAGAAAUCCGGGUGAAUUUCAUCACGAGGCUCAGUGCCGUGCUCUCCAGAAAUUCGACCCCAGGGAGAUCAAAUACGCAGCCAGUCACACCUUGGAUGUGUUCAACGAAGUCGCCACGAUAGCUCGGCCUCCGCUUGAGCCACCUGGAGGCCGACCGCCGCUCGCUACGACUGGCUACAUCAUUUCUGUCUUCAAGGUUUUCGAAGGCGACGACGGCCUCAAGUUCGAACGCAAUUGGCUUUAUUGGACGGGAGCACGAAUGAUAUACAGAUAUCUGCCAAAAUCUGUCGGACUACGGCGCAUCACGCUCCACAAAUCGAUGUCACCUGGUGACAAGAUGUAUCUGUUGAUAUGUGAAUGCGCACAGCUACAAGACAACCUUUCUGCUGCUGCAAUUUUGCUGCCUGCACUCCGCGCCCGUCUCUGUGGAUAUACGGGACUCUACAGGCCAUCGGUGUGCUUCUGACUCUGUUUUGAGAAACUUUUUUUACGCCUAUUUGAAGACGACGAGUAGUUGCACCUCGCAUGUGUAAUCGUAGAUUUUAACCUGGAAGUUUUUAUCGAUGUCAACUAAUCAAUUAACGCGGUAUGUAGAAGCACUAAGGCUGUGAGAUCAAUAUCUGUCAAUUACCGAUUUUAUAGAGUUUCUUUUUAGGAAAUUAACUAGUCAACGUGAUUGAUUUGAUGGAAAACACGAUUAAUUAAAAGAGCAGUGGAGCCUAACUCUUUGAUCUAUUUCAAUUUUCGUGGUUUGGCAACUUUGAUUCAUUGACUAGUAAAGGGUUGGUCUAUACAGCUGCACUUGUGAGGACGAUUAGACAGGUCAUUUCAUCAAUCUCAAGCGUUUAUCGAUGUUAGAUAUCGGUGGCUACGAAAAUUGAUUGACAUCUCAAGAAGUUUAUAGUAUUCAAACGAAAGUCGUAACAUAUCGUAAAGAGAUGAAGAGGAUUAUGUAAGGUUUCUGGAAUCUUUCGGAUUUUCAAGUUGAAAAGAUGUGAAGAAUUUCAGAGAACGGACAACUCGAGAAAUCAAGCGUAACCUUUGUGAAACCUUGCAGCCUCGAUAGAUUUCGACCAACAGGAAAUUUCAUCGUAAAAACGUAACUGGUCAAUUGUUGAAGUAUGAUGAUAAAGAUUUCUGUUACAAACGGUCAUUUUUUGUUCUUACUAUGUAUUAGUUAUUAGAUGUGUGAACAAUGCAUACAAUCUGGCAAAAUUUAGCAAAUUUAUCGCCGUACGAAAUGAGCGACACAGAAAUAUGAUUAUAUGAAUACGUAAUAUUAAAUAUGAGCGUUCAGUGUUAUUAACGGACGAAAAAAAUAUUCUAAUAGCCCGAAAAAGCUAUUAGUGUGGCAGUUUCCGUAAUUAUAACAACUGACAUGAAAAAGCAAUAAAACAGCGCCCAUCUAGAACGGUAAGGGCACGUCAAUACCGAGUGCAGGAAUUUUUUCAUUAUUGACGAUCUUUAUGACCAAUUAUUAAUCAUAUCUAAUAUGCUAUACAAUAUGCUUUUUCUAUACGCGACGCGGUCUGUCAUAUAUUGUAGAGGAAGACAAUUUUUUAAACAUUUUUUCUUAGUGCAUAAACGAGUACUUACAAUUCGCACGCAUGCAUAGACUAUCUACAAAGUGUGUAAUAUAUUAUAAAACACAUAAAGAACAAAUUUGAGCAAGACACAGACGAUAUUGCUUAGAGAGAAUUGACGUAGGAAAGACUCGUCCAUGUGAGUAUAGAAUUUACGCCCUAAUCAUUGAUUAGACAAAGAAUAGACGAAUUUAUGUAGACUUAAACUUUACAGCAGUUAGUUUUCACUCCUUACGCCAGUCGGAAUGCUCAUAUUUAGAUUAUUUAGCAAUUGCUAACCAUCAUCAGUAGAUAAUUAAAUUUAUACGAUGAUAAUAAUGAUCUUCAAAACGCAGGGUGUCCUGAAAUCUAUAUCGUUAAAUAAUGGUAAAUACAUACAAUAAUAUAAAUAUGCGCUACUAUACGUAGAGUAAAGACAUAUCUUACGAUUAAUAAGGCUGUGAUAUUUAAAGAGCGUAUUACGUUUGUUGUUUUUUUCGUUAUUGCGAAUUUGAUUCGUACGAUAGCUUUAGAAGUAUUUUGGAUGCUUUUGCAGUUUGAAUAAUCUAUCUAACGAAAAAUUAUUAUAUCAAUGCAUGACUCGCCUUCUAAAAACCGCAAGCCUCGAUACGGGACAAUAACUAUUAUCCCAUUAUAAUAAUUAUAGUAAUAUACUUAGAUAAAAUUACGUUCAACUUUAUCCGAGACGGUCUCUCUAUCGAAAUAAUACUUCGUUGCAUAGUCGUCGGAUGUGUUACUACAUACAUGUAUGUACAUACAUAUCGACGAUAGUAUACAUUGCAGACAUAUAGGCUUUAAUGACAAAAUUUUAACGAUCACUCGUAUUCUUAUUACAUAUUAUAUCAUGAUGAAAUUACACGAUAGAAAAUUAAUAAUGAUCAGCAAUUAUACUGAUUAGCUUCAAUACUCGCAAUUUCAUAGGGAAAUUAGGAGGACUAGGAAAAAACGUACGUUUCAGUUUCAAUCACGAUUGUACUAGAUUGUGUUUAAAUCUGUAAGAUACCAGAUCCUAGUUGAUCAGUAGCCUUGUGAUAUAUUUCCAUAAAACUCGAUCAAACCUAUUCGAAUUUAGCAGGUAUAAAUUUUAAAUCAAACUAGAAAGUCUAAGCUUAAUAAUACGUAGCUAAGCAAAUAACCGUUUAAUCGAAGUGGUGAAGCGAUACCAGAGAUUGCUGAAUGGUUGUAGGUUGAAAAAAUAACAGCAACAAAAUAUUAAUACAUAUCUGAUCGGUGUUCCUGCAAGUUCGUUAUUUAUUUAUAUUUUUUUCCCCGUUUGUGCAUGCUUGGAAAGGCAAAUUCUUCGUCAUACGCAACCAAAUUCUUGUACUACGCACAAUGAUAAUGACGUCGGUUUUUUAUACUCAAAUUUAAUUUUAUUGCCCUGG